AGACGCCCAAGAGACGCCCACGAGACGCCCCCCCGAGACACCCACUGGCCCUCUGCGCCUCGCCGCUCUUCGUUUGGCCCGUUGCACGCCGUCCCCCCGCAUGCGCACACGCAUCGCGACCCCACCAGAUAUUUCCCAGAGUCGCGCAGGAGCACGCACGCGCAACAAUGGCCUCUCUUACCCAGGGAAGUAUCCCAGACCCGACUGCAGACCUUGGCUGGUCCGACUUCAAGGGCCCCAUCCAUGAGAUUUUUGCGGCCAAUGCUCGCAGGCAUCCCGACCGCCCAUGCGUCGUCGAAACCGCCACGAGCAAGACGCCGGAGCGCAACUUCACAUACAAGCACAUAUUCGAGGCCACGUCGGUAUUGGCCCAUCAUCUCGUGCAAAGUGGCGUGCAAAGGGGCGAGGUGGUCAUGAUCUUCGCCCACCGCGGCGUGGAUCUGGUCGUGGCCAUCAUGGCCGUUCUCGCAACAGGCGCCACCUUCUCAGUGCUGGACCCACUAUACCCUCCAGACCGCCAGUGCAUCUACCUCGAGGUCUCACAGCCGCGCGCCCUCGUCGUCAUCGACAAAGCCACCCGCGAAGCAGGCCCUCUCUCGGACCAAGUGCGAGACUACAUCAGGGACACGCUGCAAUUGAGAACCGAGAUACCGGCACUCGAGCUCAAGGAUGACGGCACCUUGGUGGGAGGCAUCAAGGACGGAAAGGACGUACUGGACGGGCAGCAGCAGCUGAGAAGUGAGCUGCCCGGCGUGCUAGUCGGCCCAGACUCAACACCAACUCUAUCUUUCACGUCAGGAUCGGAGGGAAAGCCCAAGGGCGUCAAAGGGCGUCACUUUUCACUAACCCACUACUUUCCCUGGAUGGCCGAGACUUUUGGGCUGUCUGAGAAUGACAAGUUCACAAUGCUUUCGGGUAUCGCCCACGACCCUAUCCAGCGAGACAUCUUCACUCCUCUCUUUCUCGGCGCUCAAUUGCUCGUGCCCAGCAAGGAGGACAUCCAGCACGAGAAGCUCGCCGAGUGGAUGCGCAGAUACGGCGCCACCGUCACCCACCUCACGCCCGCCAUGGGUCAGAUUCUCGUAGGAGGUGCAUCAGCCGUGUUCCCCAGCCUCCAUCACUCGUUCUUCGUGGGCGACCUGUUGAUCAAGCGAGACUGCAGGAGGCUGCAGAAUCUCGCACCCAAUGUACGUAUCGUCAACAUGUACGGAACCACUGAGACGCAGCGAGCCGUCAGCUACUACGAGCUUCCCAGCUGCUCGGAAGCGCCCGAAUUCCUCGACAGCAUUGGUGAAGUCAUCCCUGCUGGCCGAGGAAUGAACAACGUCCAGCUCUUGGUUGUCAAUCGCGAAGAUCGAAAUCAGAUUUGCAAGCCUGGCGAAAGCGGCGAAAUCUAUGUACGCGCUGGUGGUCUUGCCGAGGAAUACCUUGGACUGCCCGAUCUCACAGCUACCAAGUUCAUCGACAACUGGUUUGUGGACCAGCAAAAGUGGAUAGAUGAGGACAAGAAGAGAGUGGAGAGCCAGGGCGCGUCUGAGCCAUGGCGGGAGUUCUACAAGGGACCCCGCGACAGGCUGUACCGCUCUGGAGACCUAGGCCAUUACUCGGAAGAUGGAAAUGUCCACUGCACAGGGCGAGUUGACUCGCAAGUAAAGAUUCGUGGAUUCCGCAUUGAGCUUGGCGAAAUCGACUCCCAUCUCUCUGCCCAUCCACUAGUGCGUGAGAAUGUCACACUGCUCAAGCGUGACGCCUACGAGGAGCCGACUCUCGUCAGCUACAUUGUUCCUGAGAUGAAGCGAUGGUAUGACUGGCUAGAGGAGCGUGGCGCGCACGAGAGCGCCUCGUCCGAGGACACCAGCAUGGUGACACUGCUCAAACGCUUCAAAUAUCUACGAGACGACGUGCGAGAGCAUCUGAAGAAGAAGCUCCCCGCAUACGCGGUGCCGUCGGUCAUUGUCCCACUUACGCGAUUCCCGUUGAAUCCAAACGGCAAGAUUGACCGGCCGGCGCUGCCCUUCCCUGAUCCAGCAGAUCUAGCGGCGGCGGGUGCUAGGCGCCCCUCACAGCUGGGAGCCGCUCUGACGCCGACCGAGAAGAAAAUGGCUGGUAUCUGGGCUGAUCUUCUUGGCGACCGUGGCGUGACAGCCGAUGGUAUCAGCGGAAGCGACUCGUUCUUUGAUCUCGGUGGACACAGCAUCAUUGCACAGCAACUCUUCUUCAAGAUCCGGCAGGAAUGGAAGGACAUUGAUGUGCCCAUGACAACCAUUUUCCAAUACCCUACGCUGCGCGGUUUCUCGGCAAACAUUGACCAGGCCAUGGACCCGAUUGGUCUGCGACUGGACACAGCUGAGGCGCUGGAAGACGAUCCCGAGGAUGAGGCGUACUCGGCGGAUGCCAGGGAUCUGGCGCACCAGUUGACCGACUUCAAGACGAGGGAAGCACUGACGCCCAAGGAGGAAGUGCACACGUUCCUCACUGGUGCGACGGGAUUCUUGGGAGCCUACAUUCUGAGGAAUAUUCUGUCGAGGCCAGGCAAAGUCACUGUACUGGUGCGCGCAAACGACAUGGAUGCAGCGCUGGGCCGUGUGCGGCAAACGUGUACGGCAUACGGCAUCUGGGAGGACAGCUGGGAGUCGCGGCUGGAGCCGGUUGUGGGCGAUCUGGAGAAGGAAAACUUUGGGCUCGAGCCAAACACGUGGAACCAGCUGGUUGACUCUGUCGACGUGGUGGUGCACAACGGGGCAUUGGUGCACUGGGUGCUGCCAUACUCGCGACUGCGAGGCCCCAACGUCUUGUCGACCAUGACUGCCCUCUCCAUGUGCGCUGCUGGCAAAGCCAAGCAGUUUGGCCUUGUCAGCUCGACGUCUGUGCUCGACACGGACUACUUUGUAAAGCUUUCUGAGCAGAGUGUUGCUGAGGGCGGCACGGGAGUGCCGGAGGAGGACGACCUCGAGGCAGCACGCAAGGGUCUGGGCACGGGAUACGGGCAAUCCAAGUGGGCAGCUGAAUAUCUCACGCGAGAAGCGGGAAAGCGAGGCCUGAGCGGGUGUGUUAUUCGGCCUGGGUACGUCUUGGGCGACGCAGAGUACGGCACGACCAAUACCGACGACUUCCUUGUGCGAAUGCUCAAGGGCUGCAUUCAGCUCCAGGCGAGGCCGGACAUGAGCAACACAAUCAACAUGGUGCCGGUAACGCACGUUGCGCGGGUUGUGGUAGCCUCGUCGUUCAACCCGCCCGUGUCACCACUGGGCGUGGCACAAGUCACGUCACAUCCCCGCAUCACGUUCAACGAGUUUUUGGGGGCGCUCGAGAAGUUUGGGUACCGUGUGCCGCUCGUGUCGUAUGGCGAGUGGAAGCGGAAAAUGGAAACAUACGUUGCAGACCGGUCUGGGACGCGCGAGGAGAAUGCGCUGCUGCCACUGUACCACUUUGUGACGGGAGACCUGCCUGGCGAUACCAAGGCGCCCGAGCUAGACGACAAGAACGCGACCGAGGCAUUGAAGCGGGACCAGGCGUGGACGGGCGAGGACUGGAGCUCGGGUGGAGCCGUGACAGAGGACACGGUAGGGGUUUACAUCAGCUAUCUAAUUGAGCUUGGCUUCAUGGGCAAGCCCGAGCAGAGCGGCAUCAAGGAGCUGGUGGUGAGCCGACUGACAGAGGCCAUGCGCGAGGGUAUGAAGCUGGUGGGGGGGCGGAGAGGUGUUUGAGCAUGGGCGAUGCGUGUGCGUGUCAGGGACGUGUUUUGAUUUCCAAGGUUGGCAAAAGUUUAAAGAAAUCAAAAAACAAAACUAGUUG